AUGACAGAAGACAACGAUCAACAAAAAGAAUUUUGUCAAAAAUUUGCUUGUGAAUUACAGACAUGUCUUGACAAGCAUACAUACAAUCAAGAUAAAUGUGAAAAAGUCUUAAACAAAUUAAAACAAUGUUGUUUAGAACAUGGUGCUCAAAGUCCUGUUGUUUGUUCUGGUUUUCCUACUUCCAAAUCUUCAUCAUCAAAAUAA